AUGGCGUUGAACAAUUCUGCUCCUCUUGCGAUUGCUCGCACUGAUCUGGACAGUCAAUCAUUGACGUCUGGUGCGUCAACUGUUCAGACUGUAAUUGCGCGAGAUAUUGCUUCUUACAGUUCUCGGAAUGGAGCGAGCCAUGACAAUGAUGAUGACAACGAUGACGAUGAUGAUAAUGAUAAUGAUUUUAGCGGACUGGCGCGCUCCUCAAGCAAUGCUUUAGGCACCACGCCUCAUUCUCUAGUUGGUUCCUAUCGUCGUCCAGGCCACUUCACGGCCGGUCCACGUGGAACUGUUGUGCCGCAUGGCAAAGGUCAAGAGCAACAUCUCACGACGGAGGAACUAGAGCGUGCAUAUACGGAAGAAAUAGACUUGCUCAGCGACAACAAUGUCAUUGCGCCUAACACCUCAAAGCGAGGAGGCGCUAUAAGCAACCUUACGAAGCAGCUGAAUGCCGGGUUACGGCGCGCAUCUUUUGCGAGCCAGAGACAUGAAGAUAACCCACCAGCCCCCGCCACAGCUCCAAAUGAGACAUCGGCUCUACUGGGAGACCGACCUCUUGAUAACGAUGAGAUUGACCGCAAAUGGGAGGAAGCAGUCGCUGCUGGCCUAAUCCAAUCUAGUUGGCAGCGAGAAGCGCGCGUGAUUGGGCAAUAUUCUCUGCCACUUAUUGUUACUUUCCUUCUUCAGUAUUCCUUGACUGUAGCAUCCAUUUUCACAGUGGGCCACUUAGGGACUGUAGAGUUAGGAGCAGUAAGUUUGGCAAGUAUGACCGUCAGUAUCACCGGAUCGGCUGUUUAUCAGGGUCUUGCCACCAGUUUAGAUACUCUUUGCGCACAAGCUUAUGGAUCAGGGAGAAAGAAACUCGUUGGUCUACAAAUGCAACGAAUGGUGUUCUUUCUGUGGGUCGUCACCAUACCAAUUGCCAUCAUUUGGUACUUUGCCGACAAAAUCCUAGUGGCUCUCAUCCCGGAGACAGAGGUCGCACUUCUUGCCGCAAGGUACCUCAAGGUUCUAAUCUGGGGCGCACCGGGAUAUGCCUGUUUCGAGAGCGGGAAGCGAUUCGUCCAAGCGCAAGGCAUAUUCACCGCAUCCUUGUAUGUGCUCCUAAUCUGUGCGCCACUGAACGCAUUCAUGAACUGGUUCUUCGUCUGGAAGCUUGAAAUGGGUUUUAUCGGAGCACCCAUUGCAGUAGCGAUCACAGAGAACCUUCUUCCCUUAUUCCUCUUUUUGUACGUAUACUUCAUCGGAGGUCUCCAAUGCUGGAACGGGUUCACAUGGAGGGCAUUCCAAAACUGGGGCCCUAUGAUUCGUCUUGCAUUACCGGGUCUGAUCAUGGUUGAGGCCGAAUGCCUCGCAUUCGAAGUUCUCACAUUGGUGUCGUCAUACCUCGGAACAGAAGCCCUCGCUGCGCAAUCCGUGCUCAGCACAAUCAGCAGCAUCACUUUCCAAAUUCCGUUCCCCGUGGCCAUCGCAGGUAGCACUCGCGUUGCGAAUUUGAUUGGUGCAACACUGGUCGAUGCCGCUCGAACAGCUGCCAAAGUCGCAUUGACCGGCGCCGUGAUCGUCGGACUUCUCAACAUGUUACUUCUCUCAUUACUGAGAUACUCGCUCGCCGGCCUGUUCACGUCAGACGAGAAAGUCAUCGAAAUGGUCGCUGCCAUUUUACCCAUCUGUGCAGCUUUCCAGCUUUUUGACGCCCUAGCGGCGGUUUGUAAUGGUAUCUUGCGUGGACUUGGUCGGCAAGAAAUUGGUGGAUAUGUGCAGGUGUUUUGUUAUUAUGUGGUGGCGAUGCCAAUCAGUAUGGGGACAGCUUUCGGGUUGGGAUGGGGCAUUUCAGGUCUAUGGACGGGCGUGGCGAUCGCAUUGGGACUGGUAUUUUUCGCUGAGAUCAUCUUCCUGAGCAGGACAAGUUGGGAGAGGAGUGUGGAGGAAGCAAGAAAGAGGAACGAUGUUGCUUGA